CUUUUCGAUCGUCGCUACUGUAGAGAGGUUCUAGCUCAUGGCGCCUGUAUUCCAUUAUUAGGGAUUUUUAAAAAAGCCUCGUCCGUUAGUAGUCGCCGAGGAAUAACGUACGGCGUGAAACGGUGCGGUGAUUUUAAUAACAACAAUGUGCAAUUUGGUGAAUCAAUAACUGCACGAAGUCAAUUCAAUAAGCUUCUACCUACACCGCGGAGUUUAAUCAGAAAGUGUCGACUAGAUCUCUCUCUCUCUCUCUCUCUCUCUCUCUUUCUCUCUCGCUCUCUCCUCAGUCUUAAUUAUAUCUAUAUAUCUAUAUAUAUACACAUCUGUACAUACACCUACAUGUAUUAUACAAACAUAUUACGAAGAUAUAUGUCUUUUUUAACGGCAUACGUACCACCAAGCGUUAUGUGUAUCAUGAUUUAAAACAUCAUCGCGGAUUUACUCGAAUAUACAUCGAUAUGAGUAUAUAAUAGUGAAGGAGGUAUUAUUUAUAACGAUAAUAUCGAUGUAAAUGCCGCGGGAUAUUUGAGUAAUAAUUGCUCGUGUGAAAACACUAUCGUAGCUGUUUAAUUGGAGACAAAUCUGUGUGAAAUUAUGGUUCCAAACACCUCUUAAUAAUUAUGCAAUGAUGAUGAUCCAACUUCAUAUGUACAUUACAAAUGUACUGUGCAUCUCGAACAGUAGACAUUUCAGGAUACUAAUUCCGCUUGUUCCGCUAUGGAUUACUGGUGCCCUGUGCGUCAAAGACAUACCGCUGUCUCAAAUCGUGGCACUCGUUGGCGACCCGACGUAUUUACCCUGCGAUAUAUCAACAUCCCAUGACGGGGACUCGGUAUUACUCGUAUUAUGGUAUCGCGAAGAUCUCGGAACACCUGUGUAUAGCGUUGAUGCUAGAGAUCGUGAUUUUGGUAUAGCUGAAAGAUGGUCCGACGAUACGGUAUUUUCAAAUCGGGCAUAUUUUGUGCCGGAGAAAAAACCGGCCGAACUUGGAAUCGAUCACGUUAAAGAGGGAGAUGCUGGUCUUUACAGAUGCCGAGUUGAUUUCCAAAUUGGACAGACUCGAAAUUCUAAAGUCAAUCUUACGGUUAUAGUUCCACCUCAUAAAAUUGAGAUACUGGACAGUGCUGGAAUUUUGCGAAAUUCAGUCGUUGGGCCAUAUUCGGAAGGGGAAACAUUGCAGUUAUUCUGCGAUGUCUAUGGCGGUAAGCCUUCGCCGUCUGUUCUUUGGUAUAGAAAUGAUGUAAUGAAGAGCAAUCAAUCUGUGAAAUUACACCACGAUACUAUAAGGAGUGAAAUUAGAAUACCAAAUUUAGGACGUGACGAUGUGCGAUCGGAAAUAACUUGUGUAGCAACGAAUAACAACAAAUCUAUACCUCUGACUGCAUCUGUACACGUGGAUAUGAAUUUUGGCCCAUUGGAUGUUAAAAUAGUAGCUGCUAAUCAGCCGCUAUCUGCUGGAAGGCGGUACGAUUUAUUAUGUAAAACAUCAGGCUCUCGACCACCUGCAACAGUUACAUGGUGGCGAAAUGGACAGCGUCUUGAAGGGUCUAAAGAAACAACAUCUAACGACGGAAAUACAACCACAAGUAUAUUAUCAUUUGUGGCAAAUAAAGCAGAUGCUGGCAAACAUUUGUCAUGUCGGGCUGAGAAUUUAGUUAUUGGAAGCGGAUCGAUAGAGGACGGAUGGACAUUAGAAAUACGAUAUGUCCCAGAAACACAGAUUCAACUAGGUACGUCGCUCAAUCCAGGAGCUAUUCGAGAAGGUACAGAUGUAUAUUUCGAUUGCUUGAUAAAGGCAGAACCGGCUGUCUACAAGGUUGAGUGGCGGCAUCAGGGAAAAGCUUUGCAUCACAAUAUUGGAUCAGGAAUCAUAAUUAGCAAUCAAAGCCUGGUUCUUCAAGGCGUUGAUCGAAAGAGUGCUGGUAACUACACCUGUGUUGCAUACAAUAGCGAGGGCGAUGGCGAAAGCAAUCCAUUUUACCUAAACGUCAUGUUUGCUCCAACUUGUAAGCCGAAUCAAACAAGAGUGCAUGGCGUAGCAAAACAAGAGAAGGCCAACAUAUCCUGUCAAGUUGAUGCAAAUCCCCCUGAAGUACAAUUUCGUUGGACUUUCAACAAUUCAGCAGAAAGUAUUGAUGUUGCAGCUGGACAUAUUGCCAGAGCUGGCACUUUGUCCAUAGUUUCGUACACCCCAAUGACAGAAUUAGAUUACGGAACACUUCUGUGCUGGGCUACUAAUCGCGUCGGAAGCCAACGCGUUCCUUGUGUCUACCACAUUAUUGCUGCAGGACGUCCUGACAUGGUACACAACUGCACUACAUCCAACACAUCGACAAAUUCUUUCUCUGUGCGUUGUACAGAAGGUUUUAACGGAGGCCUACAGCAAUCUUUUCUUCUCGAAGUUCGAGAAAGUAAUAGUCAAGAUUUACGCGCAAACUUAUCAUCUGUUGUUCCACGAUUUAGCGUCACUGACUUGGAGUCAGGUGUCCUUUAUCAAGCAUGCAUAUAUGCUUAUAAUGACAAAGGUCGAAGUGAAGCGAUGGUAGUUCAAGCUGGUACAUUGAGACUUCCCGAAAAGCAAUUGACAUCUGAAUCAGAGCGGCCACAGCAACAUAUAAAGUUAACGCCGAUGCUCAGUGUUAUGAUCGGAGUUGUGGCAGCGUUGGUUAUUGUGGCUAUUGUUGUCAUGGUUGUGCUGCGUAUUCAACACGCAAAUGUAGAAACUGAUGGAAAAUCACACACGGAGGUAUACAGCAAGGCAAAUAAAACAGUCACCAUCCAGCGUGAAUUGAGAUUACGAGAUGGAAAUAGUUUGCUAACAGAUGAAAAACAUAGCGGCAGUCCGUUUAGAAAAUUAGAUACAACAGGAGAGUUUCUUGACAAUGAUGACAAGAAUCCAGACAUCAUACCUCAACAAAUCACUGGUGAUGAAGCAUCGGAUUAUCUGAGGAAGAGACGACUUAUAUCAACGAUAGAAACUUCCCCGUCACGAAAUUUAAUGGACCAUCCAGCAGUAGUAGCAAUUAGCGGACAAAGUAACUAUGUUGGAUAUUGUACGAUACGUAACGGAAUGCCACUCCACGAUCUGUCGAAUUUGUCAUCAAAGCACAAAACUUUUCAGCCAAUAGUCAGCGAAGUCUAUGGCACCGGUGUGUGCACGCUCCCCAGACAAUAUUGGCCAAACGCCGAAGGUGUUCAGUCUAUGACGAUGAGCCCUCCAGUUUUGUAUGCUGGUCUAGGAAUGGUGAGUCAUCCUACUCCUAGUACUACGCUUCUGCCAAAGGAUGUCGAAUCCCGAGUCGCUGCUCAGUGUUGUCUUCAAUCGCAGCAAGAAGCAAUAACAAAUACGCCAUUGGUGUUAUCUAAAAGAGAAAGUUCUGUGUGAUAUAUACCCAGAGAGAAACAGAAGUUUCAUACGUGAACUAUGUUGAACAUUAAUUCUAGUAUAACGUGUAAACAUUUGUAUUCAAACGAGCCUAGUUUCUUUCAGUGAAUUAUUUUCAUCCCGUACCAUAUUACAUCUAUGUUCAAUCAAGUGCCCUUUGGUAUUGAAGGAAACUUAAAAAGCUAUAUUUAAUAUAAGUAUAUGAAAUUGUACGUAUAACGUAGGGCACGCAAACGGGUUCUACAUACAAUUCAUGUGUUGUAAAUACAUUAAAUACGGAAAUAUUUUAUACCGAUCACUAGUACGAUAUUUAACUCGGUUCAAUUGCAUCUUCAAAUUCAUAGUAUAGUACGUAAGUUCUUGUAGUUAUACUGUCGAUUUAAUACACACGAUACCAUCUUUUCAAAGUUAAUUAUAACCAGAACUGAGCAUUAUAGAUCUUUGAUUGUGAGUAUAGAAUAUGUAUUGCAAAAAUUGGUCUUAAUUUGUAGAGUGAAUUAACACAUCAUUUAAUUGGCAAUAAGUUUUCAUAAAACGAUCAUACAUUAACCUGAAAUUCAAAAAAUCUACUGUUAUUUUGGAUUAUUUUUUGCUUAUGCUCAGGAGAUUCCACAAUUGAUGAAAAGUCAGAAUGUAGAUCCUGUAUAGCUUUGAUAUUGAAUUAAAUCCGGUCAGUUUUCCGUCAAUACUGUGGUCUGUACGUAUAUGGACUACCUCAGUUCAAAUUAGUAAUCGUACUACUUGUGAAAUUGUCUAUCCUCAUAUAAUGAUUAAUUAUCUAUGAAAGGAUAGAUCUCUUUAAAUUUUUGUAGAUGUGAAUUUCAAUAAAGCACCACAUAAUUGAGUUUAACUAUAGAUUUUGUGGAUGUAAUCGUAAGCGCUGUUGUUGGAAAAUUAUAACUUUAAAAGUAAAAUUGUGUUCAACUCAGCACUGAAUAUCAUCCAUUAAAUACACAUUCAUCGAGCAAUUUGUUGAACGGUUCAAUUCUUGUGUUCAGAAUUUUUUUAAAGUUGAAAAUGGAACAGCGUUGAAAAAAAUAUAUAUAUUAAUAUAUAUAUAUAUACAUACAUAUAUAUAUAUAUAUGUAUAUAUAUAAUAGAUAUUAUAUAUAUUUGUAUACAUAUAUAUACGAUGAAAAUGCUGCCGGUACGGCAAUACAUAAAUGCAUAAGAGUUUUAAAUAAAUAUCUAUAUUGUACAGUUUGAGUUACACACAGCAUUGAAGAUAUGGUGCGUGAUUUUUUCUCCUAAGUUAUUAGUAUCAAAAGUCAGAAAUGACCUAUAGUUAAUGAGCAUGACUUCAAAGAGAAAUGUAAUUCCAAAUGAAUUCGAUUGUGGUGGAAUAUGAUGAUUGUUGACUGACAUAUAUCGUCGGAAUUCUACUGCGCAUAAAUUCUCAAUAAAUGAAUACAUUUUCCCAAAACUGUUUGUAUACUAUAAAUCUAAACUGUAUUAACACACCAUGUGUACAAAUACGUGUAAGUGAAUAUUCUUUGAUUAACUUAAGUAACUGUACCAAAUCUGAGUGAAUGUUUGUAAUUUUUCUAUGUCACCUAAAUUUUUCUUCAUGAUCAUACGUCGUUGUGACAAUUAGUUUAUUUUAAGAUCUAUUCGCUGUUAAUCAAAUGGUAAGGUAUGUAAUUGUAUAAGCAAAUACUAAAAUUUUACCUUAAAAUCGUAACUGAUAAAUAUUAUAAUAGGCAGUGUACAAAGUCUACAAUAAUAUAACAUAUCUAUGGUAUCGAACAGAAUGUGACAGAAUUGAAUUUUCUUAAAACAAUUAAUUAUGUACAAUAUAAAGUCACCGUAACUUUCAAUUAAAAUUAAUAAAAGCAGCAACAAUUAUUUAACCUAAAUUGAUAUACAAUAUCCCGUGGUUAUCUUAAGUCCUGCAAAUCUAACUUAUAUCUUCUGAACUUACUUGUUAAUUAUUUGUAGUUACUGAAUACAGAUUUGGC